ACUGUUUAAAACCGUUAAACAGACUGACUUAUCUACAAAUGCUCUCAGUAAGAAGCCACUAGCAGUUAAGUCAGGGUUCAAUGUUCAUGGUCUUUCGUGAGUAAAUGACCUAGUAGGCAUGCUAGUGAGCACAACAGUUUAUCCACUAUUACACACAUGAAUCUGACCGCAGAAAGCCACAGUAUCCCUCUCAGUGACGGGAACCAUAUUCCACUGCUGGGAUUGGGCACCUAUGGGGACCCUCGAACGACACCCAAAGGCAAAGCACUUGAAUGUGUCAAGCUGGCCAUUGAUGUGGGUUACAGGCACUUUGAUGGGGCAUUGGUGUAUUUCAAUGAGCAUGAAGUGGGUCAAGCCAUUAGAGAGAAGAUUGCAGAUGGAACCGUUCAAAGAAAGGACAUCUUUUACUGCGGAAAGCUCUGGAAUACAUUUCAUCCACCAGAGUUGGUGAGACCAACCCUGGAGAAGACUUUGAAAGCCUUAAAACUAGACUAUGUGGAUCUCUACAUCAUUGAGCUUCCUAUGGCCUUCAAGCCUGGAAAUGAGUUCUAUCCAAAAGACCAGGAUGGAAAAUACAUCUACCACCAUACAGACCUGUGUGCAACAUGGGAGGCUUUAGAGGCUUGCAAAGACGCAGGGCUGGUUAAGUCUCUGGGAGUCUCCAACUUCAACCGUAGACAGCUGGAGCUGCUGCUGAACAAACCCGGCCUCAAACACAAGCCUGUGUCCAACCAGGUUGAAUGCCAUCCAUAUUUCACACAACCCAAGCUUCUGGAGUACUGUCGUCAGAAUGACAUUGUGAUUGUUGGCUACUGCCCAAUUGGCUCCUCCAGAGAUGCAUCCUGGGUGAAUGUGAAAUGCCCUCCCCUGCUGGAGGACGAGCUGCUUGUAUCCAUUGGGAAAAAGUACAACAAGAGUACUGCUCAGGUGGCGCUGCGCUUCAAUGUCCAGAGAGAUGUUGUCGUGAUCCCCAAGAGCUUCAGCCCAGAGAGGAUCAAACACAACUUCCAGAUAUUUGAUUUUUCACUCACUGAGGAAGAAAUGAAAGCCAUCGAAGCACUGAACAAAAAUAUUCGCUUUGUAGAGCUGCUUAUGUGGAGUGACCAUCCAGAAUACCCAUUUCAUGAUGAAUAUUAAUGUUUUGCCCAAGCACCAAUGCAUUUUAC